UCCCUAGAGGAGGCGCAGCGAGCCUUCGCAGAGCAGUUCGAAGAGGCCCUCCUCCCCCUAGAUGAGUACGCCAGUCCUUCCUACAGGCCAGCCGUGCGUGUUGACAAAGGGAGGAGGCUUUCUGCGGCGGCGGCAGCAGCAUCUCCUCUCAAGGGCGCUUCCACGCAGGGGCAAAAACAAUUCGGCAAACCCCAGUUCAACGUGAAGGGGCUCAAGGAGCAUGAGGCUUUGUAUCAGCCCUCCCUGUGGCAGCAGCUGCUGAAGGAAGAGCAGGAGCGGCGCAUGCAGCGGCACGCGCGCACGGCCAAGCGCACAGUUCGCGUAUUGGGAGCAGCAACAGCAAUCCACGCCGCGUCAAAGGAUGCCUCCCUCGAGGCGAGCUCGUCCAGCAGCAGCGGCGUGGGGAUCCCACUGCCUCAGAGUGCGCCCCCGUGUCUCGCGGAAGCAGCGACUGCGCACGAGGGGGGAAGGGCCCUGUCGAAGGAAGCUCUUGAACGGGGGGGGGGGCCCAACUGGCGCGACAACCUAACGACCUUGCAGCAAACCUGUGAGCUCAGCGCAAGAAUACGGCCUGUGGAAGCUGCUGCUCUCCCCAGAGAGCAGCGCAAGACUCUCUCCAGCUCCUCGGAGGAGCAUGCAGAAACGUCGGCUUCUCCCCCCGACACUGCUGCGGAUGACGCUACUCUGGAGGCGCUGGGAAGGGGCCCCCCCUCGGAGAGCGACGGGGGAGGCGUUGGCUCCCCUCCCCCCCUCGCGGCUUGCGACGAGCGGCACCUGCUGGCAGACGCGACGGGCGAAGCUGCACGGACGCUCACGGCUUCGCCACAACUUGCUGAGUUCAUCGAGACAGAAAACCCCAUCGCUAGAGCGACGCAAGCCGCGGGUAUGCGCCAGGAAGUCUGGGAACGGCUCUCGCCACAACAUCUGCACACGCAACAACGACUGUUGCGAGCUCGCACUCCAGAGGAUAUUCUUUCUGCAGUCGGUGCCGCCUUGGAGGCAGUAGGGGGGAGUCCUACUGCUAGAAACUCCGUUGCCUUCGCUCCCCCCGGCGCACAGCCGAGUGUAUGCGCAGACAGUGCAGCAUCUACAGCUGGUGCUUCCGCUGCAACAGCAGCAGCAGCCACUCGGUCCCGGCUGUCUGUGGAGUUCGGAAUGGAUCCAAUCAACGUCGUCACAGGCGUUCACCGUCUGGGCCGCUUGCUGUCUCCCUACAACCGUGGUUUGCUCUUCUCAGAUCCUCGUUUCGUCUCCCUGAUGGCUGCAGCGCGAGAGUCUCUGCCCCUUUUGGACUGUCAAGGCGUCUCGAAUCUUCUUUGGGGUCUUACAAGGGCAGAGCACACACCCGCGUGGCUGCCGCAGCUGCUCUCCCGUUGCGCCGCUCUGAGCCACGACAUGUCUCCCCACCAAGUUGCCACGUGUCUGUACUGCCUCGGCAGACUGGCACUGCCUGCAGCAACCGCCGAGGAGCUGCGGGAGGCGCUCCUGGAGGCGUCUUUUGCCGUGGUUCCGCAGCUGCAACGACCACUAGACCUGACGUGCAUCUGCUGCGGGCUCUCCAGACUGCGCGUGAAGGAUUCACGGCUGUUCGGCGCCUUGGCGGUGCGAGCUCGUGCCCUCUUGCCUCAGCUUUCCACUCCGGAGUUGGCUUCAGUGGCGUGGGCUUUCGCAGCUUCCGCGUUCUUCGACAAAAGCCUCGCUGCUGCCAUACGACGACGAGUUGAAACGGAUGCCGAGCUGUGCUCUCCAGGGGAUGCCGUGCAGUUCGCGUGGGCGUUGGCGCGCAUGGCUGAAGAGCCAGUCGAUCUCUUCAACUACACGCUGACUCCGAUCAUCAGAGGCUGUCUUCCCCAGCUCAACGCCAGACAGCUUGCUACGCUUGUCUCCGCCUACGCGCAAGCAGGCGUGCAAGACAGGGAUUUGCUGUCUGACUUGAGCGUGAGCUUGCUGCCGCAUUUGUCUGCGUGCACGGCUCAACAGCUCGCAACAGUGGCAGUGGGCUUUGCAGUUUUAGGGUUCAGCAAUAAGGAGUUCAUGGGGGCCCUCGGGCAGAAGGUUCUGAGCCGUCUUCCCACCUUCUCUGACAGGCAGCUGGCGCGAACCGUCUACGGCCUGGGAGUGGCGGGGUGUCUAGACACCCGAGUGCUAGACGGAUGCUGCAGCAGGCUGCAGGAGCGGCUGCAUGCGCUUCCUCCGGAAGGCCUCGCGCAGGCUCUUGUGGGGCUUUCCGAGGCGGAGUACCUUUCGCAUCGCGUUGUGCCUCAGUUGUUGAAGGCUGUGGGGAAGAAGGUGGAGAGUCUCUUUGCCGAGGACUGCGUUCAGCUUCUGCUGCUGCUGAGCAAGCUUGGUGACAAGGGCGCGCCGCAGCUUCAGCCGCAGCUCCAGCAGCAGCUCCAGCAGCAGUUGCAGCAGCAGCUGCAUGCGAAGCUCAGGGCCCACUGGUGCCUGGACUGUGAGAGCUUGAGUGACAUGUUGUAUGCGUUGCAGCAGCUGCGGCUCUCCGACCAGCAGCUGCUGCAGUUGAGCAUGCGACGUGUGGCUUACCUCCUAGGUCAGGCAUCCAGUAGGGAAUUUCUGCGUCUUUUAGGUGCCUGCGCUGCCCUCCCUGCUGAAGACCGGCUUCUCGUUCGCACGCACAUACAUCGGCGUCUGAAAGUGCAGGCUGCGCUGUCUACUCACCUGGAGAAACUCUCCGCGAUGGCGGCACUUGAUCCCGACUCGACUGCCGCCCUCCUGUUCGCAUGCGCGCAACUGGGGUUUGCUGAUGACGCUGUUCUCAAGAUGGCUGGGGGGCUGCAGCACAAGGUGGAAAUGGAGGGAGAACUCCUCUCGCUGAUUUCCCUGUGCCACUUCCUUUGGGCAAACACUGAGAUGCACAUCAGUCUAGGCUGGACCCGCAGCGUGCUGCGCUACAUGCUGACGCGGCGGUAUGGGGAGACAGAGACUCCUUCUUUCUCUGGCGUGUCUCUUCUUGCCCCAAAGGAGCGGGAGAUGUUUUCUGCGGCUCAUGCCCUUGGCGGAUACAGAGGCGGCGAAGUGCUCCCUCGCCUCCUCUGCGCAGGAGGGGAGGCUUCGGCGAAAAAAGGAAAUCCUCAGGACGAGGAUGAAGGCAAAGAGGAGGAACGUGUGCAGGACGCUGCAGGCAAAACUGCCCUUGCAGAGAGUCUCCUUAGGGCCGCCUUCUCCUGCGUGUCGCUCGGUGAAGAAGACCACUUGCUGCCGCUCAUGGAGGAGGUCGCCUCGCUGUACGGCAAUAGACUGCCCUCCGACUUGCUGCUUGCCCAGCAAGUCAGUCUGCAUGUCUCUCGAUUCGCUGGACCCCCCCUGGCAGGAGAGCCACGCCGCCCCUCCCCGCAGCUGCGAGAGUGGCUGUCUCUGGUGUUAGGUGCUCCGCGAUACGAUGUAUACCACAAGGGGGCACCCCGCAACAAAUACGGCCCAGGAACGUCUCGUCUGCGCGUCAAGGACUAUAAUUAUGAUGCUUGGCUGUCUGAACCCCUCAUUCAAGAUUUACUUGCUCCUUCAAGCAAACCGACUGCCAGUGCAGAGCUUCGGCAAAGGCAGCUAACCUUCCUCGGGUGGACUGUGCACUCUGUACACUUGCGAGCUUUAUACAGCGCAGUUCUUGAUCGAAAUCUGCGAAGUUUUGUUGCCCAGAUCGCUGCUGCAUGCUGCCCGGAAGCCGCAAGAUUUGUUUCCUUCUCGCCCUCCCCCAGCCAGACGCAAGGGCCCCCUGAAAAAGCCGCGAAACAAGAUCGCUCCGUGAGUGCCUUCUUGCUCGGUGACACGGGGGAACUUGAGGCCUUUCCGUCUCUCCAAGUGAGGCUCUGCUUUGCUGCCGACUGCCGCCCUUGUCGCCCUCUCUCUGCUGCCCUCCUUCCCCUGCUCUGUCGGUCCCUAGUAGAGCUCUUGGCUCAAGUGCACGUCCAGCGCGGAAGCUCUAGGCACAUUCCCUGGCGUUGUCGCACGCAGCGGGGCAAAAUAGAGCUCCUCGAGCUCGCCGACGACGACGACACAGAAGCGCAGAGUCUCCCUAAGGCAUCACGCCGUCUGCAGGACCCCCUGGAUGUUUCCGAAACUCCCUCUAGCGCUCCCGUCUCUCCGGAGCAGUCGCGCAGUCUCUCGGACAGACUUCAGCGUUCUGAUGCCCCCCCUCCCCUCUCUGCUGUGAAGGCUGCUGAGCCAGACUGCACUUUGGAGGCAGACGCUCAGGAGACUCUUCGAGCCCCCCCGAGUCUACUACGGCUAUACGCGGCGUAUGCGAAUCCAGAGGUCCGUGGCAGCCAACUCCCCUAUGACCUUCCAGCAAUUCUGUUUGAUUGGACAAAUUUGAGCAUUUUUCUAAACGUAUUUUCUGGAUUUGAGGACAAGAAGGGCGCAAGGGCAGCAGGAGACGCGGAAGUAGCGGCAACCUCGCAUGCCGACCCGCAUCAGUGUAGCGGUGCUGCUGCAGCAGACGCUGCCAAAGUUGUCGAGGAGCCACAUAAGCCCCUCCCAUUUCUUCUUCUGUAG